CCACGCGGUGCGCUCAACUCACAGAUUGACAUGAGCGACGGCAAGGGCGACCUCAUCGACCCCGUCACGUACAAGGUCUUCACCGACAACACGCACAUCGUCGCCAUCCGCCACGGCAGCUAUGCCAACGUCUUCGCCUGGGACACGGUCGAGCGCAUGAACAUUAAGGCCAAGAUGUGGCAGGACCUCGUCGACGACCAGCCCUUUACGCGCGCCGACAUCAUCACCAUCCAAGAUCCCCAGAACGUUGCGAGCCGGAACCUCGACACGUUCAAAUACCUACAAGAGGGCGGGCAGGCGCAGCUCACAAAGGAGCAGCAGGAGGAGCGCAAGGCGGGCAACAUCAACGCCGGCGCGCUGGGCAGCAUGGGCGACAAGGUGCUCAAGGCCAAGGCCGCCGUGGAAAAGGCGCGCAAGGCGAGAGAAGCCGGCGGCGACGUCAACAAGAGCUCCGGGGCGCUCGAGAAAUCCAAGCAGUCCGCCUCGACCGCGGUCCGACAAGCCCCGAUACAGGACAAGAAGCUCGCCGCCAACGCCGCGGCGUACACCACCGGCAAGGCCGCCGCCAGUUUCACCAGCACGGGCCUGACGCCGGAAACGAGCGGCGAAAGGGCCCUCCUGACGGACGAAGAGUUCAUGCUGAAGCCGAAGCGCGUCAAGACCAAGGGCUACGCCAGGCUGGAGACCAACCUGGGCAACCUGACCAUUGAGCUGCACACCGAGACGGCCCCCAAGGCGGUCUGGAACUUUAUCCGGCUCGCGCAGACGGGCUACUACAGGGGCGUGGCCUUUCACCGGAACAUUCCCAACUUUAUGAUCCAGGGCGGCGAUCCCACCGGCACCGGCAAAGGGGGCACGAGCAUUUGGGGGAAGAACUUUAACGACGAGUUUGACGGGCCUCUGACGCAUGAUGCUCGUGGUGUUGGUAUGUGCAGUAUCCAUGGCCAACAAGGGCAAAAACACAAACUCGUCCCAAUUUUUCAUCACCUACAAGCCAACCCCCCACCUCGACCGCAAGCACACAAUCUUCGGCCGCGUCACCUCCGGCCUCGACGUCCUCGCCAAGAUGGAGGCCGUCCCCACCGACGGCUCCAACCGGCCGCUCAACAAAAUCGUCAUCAAGGACGUCGUCGUCUUCGUCGACCCCUUUGCCGAGUUCCAGGCCCAGAAGCAGGAGCAGGAGCGCCUCGAUCGGCGGCGCGAGGAGAUCCAGCGGCAGGGCGGCACCGAGGACGACAGGACGACGUGGACGGGCAAGAGGCUCCGCGG